AUGCCACAACUUGGUUUGCCCCUCGUUCAUAUGCACCCAGGCACGGAUAGCCAACCCGAAAGGUCCCAGUUCAAGCUAACGAGAAACGGGGCCAAUUCCUCGUACCACAUGUUAUCGGGCUCCUAUUCUGGCUACGGGGUACUUUUAGCCUUUCUUGCAUUCGACUAUGAGAUGACCCGGGCCCGAACGUUGCAAAUCACCAUAGAGUGGUCGUCUCCAUGGCCAUCCCCCAGGCUAUAG